AUGUGGGCUCCCGGCAAUGCUGGCUUCUGUGCAGUACUGAAAUGGUACACAACCUUGUGUUCUACUCAUUUCUGCUUUGUCUACGCACAAAGCACAUCAGACAGUGGUACCGUGACAACAAGCUACGGUCAGGAUCCACCCAAGGGCUACAAAACGUUCGAUGACCGGCUGGCCUACUUCCGCACGGAAACGGCAAAGGUCGUCAACAACUUCCACGACACCGGCCUCACGCGAUACGUCGACUCGACCGGCUCGCCAGCCCUCAUGGAGGGCGCCGCGUCGCAGCACCUGAGGCCCUCUCUGGUCUUCGCCUGCGGAAGGCCUGAGCUCAUUGAGGCGACAGCCUGCGCGGUGGCCAAAGAGCUGCCAGCAAACUGCCUGCAGCGGCUUCGCUUCGCGGACCCCGGCGUCGCCAGUGCCACCUCUGAGCAGGCAGCGCUUUCUCUUCAACAGCAACUGCGCGCUCGAGGUUACCUCGGCCAGCUGGUGCUGGUGGAGGGCUUCCCACGCACCCGCGGCGAUCUCCAGGCGUGGCGACAGCUGGAGCACCAGCCGCUGCUGACCCUGGACUUCGAUUCGGGUCUCAAUCUCUCCGGCAGCUUCGCAAGGAGCUUCGCAGAUGCCUCGUCCACGACUGUCGAGGAGGUGACCAAGCUGCUUCGCAGCUGCCAGCCGCUUCAUGCAGCUGUGCCUCAGGCCGCCUCCUUGCUGCUCAAGCACUGGCUCGGCGCGGCUCGGUACACGAAGUGGUGGGACCCAGAGACCUUUCAGUCGGCUAAGUCCACCUACUUGGCCUACAUGAAGAGCCAGGUUUCCGCGCACAGCAGCGAUCCUCGCUACUAUGUCCGUCCCUCGUCGAGCCCGCCGUUGAAAGCCUGGCUGUGCUGGCUCGCUCAUCUCCUCUACGCCGAGCCGUACCAGAACUUCUGCACCAAUGUGGUCAAGCGCUCCAUUGGGCCGUUGGCCCCGCCCAGCUCGGCGGGCUACACCAAGGCCGCCCGUGCGCCGUUCUCAGAGCAGCAAGUGCAAGCGCAGCGAGCCCACGUGAACCGUGUGGAUGUGCCCUCGGACGCGCUGGCAGGUGUUCCUCUUGCUUUCGUCGAUGGUCUGGCUGCUUUGGAGGCCGCUGGGUUGGCGCCGCUGAGCGACCCCCGCGCUUUGAUCUUCGGCAUGGAGCAGGAUAAUGCCAACCCUGCAGCUCGGAUCAUGGACCUGCUGGGCCUCUACUACAGGCGCUUCCUGAUUGUCAUGGGCGAAGCCGGGCCUAGCAGCCAGGCCGGACCUUCGGCAGAGAUCGAUUGGAUCUGGCACGCGCACACGACGCAUCCCAUGGUCUACGGCGAUGAUUGCCGGCGCUUGUUCGGGCAUGUGAUUCCGCACAUCCCAUGCAAGCCCUCUGGCUCCUCCAAGCCGUCGGCGGCUCCUGAUGAGGGCCAGGUUGCGAUGUCCGCCAUGACGAAGGCACUUCAGGAGGACCUGAUGGCGUUCGCGGCUGAGAGUUCGGAGCAGCUGGCGGGGGCAAACACCUGGACAUUUCGCAGGGAUCCGGCCGAGGAGGACGACAUCAUUACCCUGGGAUGUUUCCUGCCUGGGGGCGACCGGUCGUGGCUCUCGGAACGCCUUCGGAGUGUCGGUGGCGGCCUUGGGCAGGCGUUGUGGCAGUCUCUGCAGGAACCCGAAGCCUGGAGUUGUCCAAAUCCGUCCGGCUCGUCCUUGCUGCGAGACCCAGAUCUGGUAGAGGUCGUGGUCCGCCUCCUCUCCGGCGAGACGCUCCUGGAGAAAGUUAUGGCCAAGGACACAAAGAUCUCGGAGAUCGAGGUCCUCUUGCGCGAGAAAGGCGAGAAAGAAGACCUGAAGUUCUUUGUGGACGGUGAGGAGCUGGCUCGAACAAGGCUUCUGUCAGAGACGCAAGUCAUGGAGGGCAGCGUCAUCAGCCUUGUACGCGUGAAGAAGCCCCCGCCAAAGCCUCGACCGAAGCCCGUGGCUGUCGCCCGUGCAUGGAGCCCAGACUCCGUCCGCUGCACCUGCUUCACUGACUCCUGCAUCUUCCACGUCCUGAAGUCUGGCCGGCAGGUGCAGAAAUCCAUGAGAGAGUUGAAGGAGGGCGACGUAGUGCACACGGGCUCUCCGGUCGCCGAGGAGCAGUUCCGCCGGGUGACGCGUAUCUGGCAGUGCCCCGCACCCGGCCAGUCUGCUACAGUCGAAGUUGCCCCCGGCUGCCGGCUCACCACCGGACAUCCUGUGAAGAUGCGCGGCGCAUGGCGACGACCAGAGAGCUGCGGCGAGGUGGAGAUGACCCAGGAGCGAAAUGUCUACACCCUCGAGCUCGAGGGCCAUGUGGACACUGUCCUGGUCGGGCGCAGCCAGCAGGAGGCGGUGGUCGUGGCAGCCCUGGGGGUCUACUGCGGCGAAAGCUUUGGGUGGAACCUCUUCACUAGGAAGACGCGCCCCUGUGAGCGGCCUCAUUGCGCCAAGUGCGCUGUGGCUGUUGUUCCAUCCCUCGAUUUCAGGGCCGUCACUGAAGAGAUGAUGGCGGUGCGGUAUCCCCCCUACUAG